AUGUGUCAACACGAAGACUCGGACGAGGAGCAACUGAGAUAUGCUAUUGCUCUAUCACUCCAAGACGAGAUGGUGAGAGAAGAUGGGCCAAUAUUGCAACACUCUGGUAUACCACAGACCAAUUCGCCAUCCUUUUGUCUCAGUUCACUUGAUAGGAAGAAGAUGGAGGAGGAGCGACUUGCGAGAGCUUCCUCGAAGCGACCUUGGUCAGUGAGUGCAGACGAUGACAUCGUGGAAAUACCCGCCCCAAAGCGUCGACUACCAACAGAAAUAGUUCACAUGGCAGAUAAGGCCACAGUGCCUUUUCCGAGAGGCGUAGUCAAGCGAACGUGGGUUCGCGGAUAUGAGAGAUCGGUGGACGACAUUAAGAUAGAAGAAGUGCUUCAAAAGGACAAACUUUUGCUUGCCCUGUUUUCUUCAUUUCAAUGGGAUGAGCCCUGGCUGCUGUCAAAAGUCGAUAUUUUACGCACCAAGGUGUUGUUGGCGGCUUUUGCACCAAAUGAGUCUCAGAAAGAGGAAAUGCGCAAAAAUGCUCCCAAGAACAUUAAGUUCUGCUUUCCACCCAUGUACGGCCCCGGGUCCAUGCAUUCCAAGCUUCAGAUCCUCAAGUUUCCGAACUACCUUCGAAUUGUUAUCCCUUCAGGGAACUUAGUUCCACAUGAUUGGGGCGAAACAGGCGUCAUGGAGAAUAUGGUAUUUCUGAUUGACCUGCCUCUCAUCGAUGUUAAGCAGAACCCUCCCCUGGCAUCUCGCUUCUUGACUCAUCUGCGAUACUACCUCCAAGCCAUGGGAGUUGAGAGUGGGAUGAUCGACAGUCUGUCGAAAUACGACUUUUCGGGGACUGAGGACGUCGGUUUUGUAUAUUCUAUACCUGGAAGUCACAGGGGCGACUCGUUUUUUCGUGUCGGAUAUUCUGGCUUAGGUGCUACUAUAUCGGCUCUUGGUUUAGACACGCCCGGUCCACUCGAGAUCGAUAUAGCUGUGGGUGAACACUAUGCACCCAGAGACACGACGGAAAGAAAAGACAAGAAUCAAAGCAAGCUGGACCCAGCCGAAGCCACCGGCCUGAUUUUUCCGAACUCGAGCAUUGUUUUCGAAUUUAUUUCCCGAGUCAUGAGACCGUCACAAGAAGUCGUGGCGGAAAAGAUGCAAGUAGACUUUUCUUCGACAAGGUGA